CCUCCCGAUCAUGUCUCGUUCUGAUGCUGGAUUGCCCGCACCUGUGCUCAGGUUGAGACAAGGAAGCUACGAAGGCGUGUACUCUGCCGGCGCAGCAUCAUCAUCAUCAUCAGUGCGCGUGCAAACCUUUCACUCCAUCCCCUACGCUCGCUUCACCGCACGUUUUCAGCCCUUGACACCUCUUUCGAGCGCGAGCACGAGCGCGAGCACGAACGCGACGUCGUCGUCGUCGUUGUUGUUGGACGCCAAGAGCAGAAGGGCGAUUUGUCCGCAAGGUGCGAGUCGAUUGGAAAGGCUUACGGGUCCUUUGCCCAGCGCGACGCCUGGCUUGAUGGAGGAAGAGGCUUGCGCGUUGCUCAGCGUAUAUCUGCCCGUUGACGUGUCCGUGUCCAGCAGAGGGAAAGGGGCAGGGGCAGCAGCAGCAGGCGGCAAUGGCGCUGGCAGCAGCGGUAGGAACGUGAUGCUGUUCUUUCAUGGAGGCGCCUACGUCACUGGCGGAUCAGAGAUCCCGUGGUACGAUGCCACUGGGCUCGCGAGCACAGCCAUGCCGGAGGAGGAGGGGUCAGAAAACAUCAUCAUCGUAGCUUCUUACAGACUCGGAGCGCUCGGUUUCCUGUACGACGACGACGACGAGGAGGCGAAGAAAAGAAUGGGCGCGGGAGCGGGAGCGGGGGCGGCGACGACGGCAUUGGGAGUGGAUGAUUGCGUCAAGGCUUUGCAGUGGGUCAGGGAUAAUGCGCAGGCUUUGGGUGCGGAUGCUAGCAAGAUCACAGUGUUCGGACAGAGCGCUGGUGCUUUUACGAUUCAGACACUGAUGGACCAUCCGCAAGCGCUGUUCGAUCGCGCCAUCUUGCAAUCUUCGCCCGCAUCGACGAUCCUGACAUCAUCGCAAGCUUCCAAAGUCGCCCAUGAUCUCAUCCGAGCACUACCACCCGGCUCAUCGCCCAGCAACGCCAGCAUGGCCGAUCUGCUAUCUGCGCAAGCCAAAGCUUCAUCGAUGAAUGCCGCCGCGCUCAACCUCGUCUUUGCGCCCGUACUCGAAAGGGAAGCGGGUGGGAAUGCGCAUCAGCAGCAGCAGCAGGAUCAGAGUGGUGGCAGCGGCAGCAGCGCGGCGGCGCCGGGGGGACGUGGGAAGAAGGCGCUGAUCGGAUGGAACAAGGAGGAUGCGGCGGUGUUUGUGGAUCUGAGAUUGGAAUCGUACGGUGUGCCGGCAUGGGCGCGUCCAGCGAUCGUCUGGGCAUCGCAAGGCUUGGCGACGUAUGCCAACUUUGCGCAGCCCAAUCGACGAUUGGCGAGCAGGUUGCGCGCAAAGGGUUGGGAGGUGACGCUGUACGAGUUCGAUUGGAGACCUUUGCGCAGUCCUUGGAAGGCUGCGCAUUGCGUGGAGCUGCCGCUGCUGUUUGGACAUGAGCAGCAGGAGGCUUGGAAGAGCGCCCCGAUGCUUGGCGAUGAGGCUUGGAGGGAUGUGCAGAGGAGAGGCGAGCGUUGGAAAGAGGCUUGGAUCACUUUUGCUAAUCAUGGCCUCAUCAACAACAACGCCUUUGAGAAUUUCAGAAUAGAAUAGAAUAGAAUAGAAUAGAAUAGAAUAGGGGGAGGCUUGAUUGAGAGGAAUCGAAUGUCAAUCUUGAAUGUGCA